AUGAAUUUGGCUGAGGCCUUUGAUGCAGCCGUGGAGGAAGUAAAUGCCUUAACGCCAGAGCUGCAACUGGAAGCCAUCAAGCACUAUGUGACUAUAGAUGAUAGCAUAGUGCUGCAGGAUCUAUCCUGUGACUUGAUUGGAAAUGGUGUCGUAGCUAUUUUCGGACCAAGUUCAAAGACAACCAGCGAUAUCGUUGAGGUUCUGUGCAACAUGACGGGAAUUCCGCAUCUGCAAUUCGACUGGCAUCCACAGCAAUCCAUGCGAGAACGCCUCAAUCAUCAGUUGAGCAUCAACGUUGCGCCCUCAGAGCUAAUCAUAUCGACGGCUCUCGCGGAUAUACUGCGCAGCAAGGACUUUGACUGGAAAUCAUUUACGAUUGCCUAUGAAAGAGAGACGCAUCUCGCACGAUUGCAGCACAUUUUUGCCUGGAAGCAGCUGCAUAAGACUGGCAUUAAGCUUCAGGAGUUUCAGCGUGGCGAUGACUAUCGCAUACUUUGGAAACGCAUCAGCAAUGCGCGUGAGAAGUUCGUGCUGCUCGACUGCCCGUCCGAUAUAUUGGUGGAGGUGAUCAAUGCCUCGAUCGGUUUCAAUAUGACGGGCUCCUUAAAUAAUCUUUUUCUUACCGAUUUGAAUACGCACAUCAGCCGCAUUGAUCAGUUUUAUUCACGAGAUUUCUCAGUCGCCGUUGCAGCUGUUAGAAUUCGUUCCUAUAUCCCGCCACCUAUUCAUGAUGAGACUGAUGUUUUUGAUCAUGAGGUCGACGAUCGGUUCGCCUCGUUGAGCGCUCAGCUUGUCUAUGAUGCCGUAGUUCUGCUCUACAAUGCUGUACUCCAAUUGAGCCAGAAGCCUGGUUUCUAUACGCCACAGUUUAGCUGUGGGCGUGGCUUUUGGCAGCCCGGCCCGCUCUUAGUGCAGCAGAUGAAAGAGCUCACACCGAAGCAAAUCAAGCCGCCCUAUAAAACGCAGCGAUUGCAGCUGACGGAAGAUGGGCAGCGCGAGGACUUCAACUUGGAGGUCUAUAAUCCGAUCAUUGAUCGCGUAACGCACAUCUGGAACAAGGAUUUUCAGCUGGUAGAUUUCGAUAAGAUCAGAGAGAAUUCGACGCAGGCCCUAAAGCAGCGACGUCUGGAGAACAAAGAGGAUUUCUCACGUAAGCCCGUUGUAUAUACAGUGGCUACUCGCGUGGGCAAACCCUAUUUUAGCUGGCGUAAGGAGCCGGAAGGCGUGCACUUCGAGGGCAAUGAGCGUUUCGAGGGCUAUGCGGUCGACCUGAUCUACGAGCUGGCGAGGGAAUGCAAAUUUGAUUUCGUUUUCGAGCCGGUGAGGGAUAACAAAUAUGGCAGCUACGAUGCAGCCACUGAUGAAUGGGACGGCAUAAUCAGGCAGCUAAUUGACAAUAAUGCACAGAUUGGCAUCUGUGAUUUGACCAUAACUCAGGCCCGUCGCUCGGUUGUGGACUUUACGGUGCCAUUCAUGCAGCUGGGCAUUAGCAUUUUGUCUUAUAAGCAGCCCCCGGCACAGGCCGAUAUUUAUGGAUUUCUCAAUCCCUACGGUGUGGACGUUUGGCUCUACGUCAUGGUGGCCAUGCUCAUUACUGCGAUGGCAUUGAUAUUAGCCGGUCGCAUGGAUCCAUACGAAUGGGAGCCAUCUGUCAUAAAUGAGCAGCGUGAGGAAGUGCGCGAAAACACCUGGCACUUACACAAUACCAUGUGGCUGGUCUUGGGCUCCAUACUCAAUCAGGGCUGCGAUCUGUUGCCCAGGGGUCUUCCGAUGCGUCUUCUAACUGCCUUUUGGUGGAUCUUUGCGCUGCUCAUCUCGCAAACUUACAUUGCCAGUUUGGCUGCCUUCAUUACGUCCUCAAAGAUGACGGGAAAUAUAGCCUCAUUGCAUGAUCUGAUUGAUCAGAAUAAAGUACAGUUUGGUACGAUACGCGGCGGCGCGACAUCAGUUUAUUUCUCAGAAUCGAACGACACCGAAAAUCGUAUGGCCUGGAACAAGAUGUUGUCCGUGAAGCCGGAUGCCUUCACCAAGAACAAUGAGGAGGGCGUGGAUCGUGUGAAGGUGAGUCGUGGCACUUACGCUUUCCUCAUGGAGACCACCAAUCUGCAGUACUACGUGCAACGCAACUGUGAGCUGACCCAGAUAGGCGAGAGCUUCGGAGAGAAGCACUACGGCAUUGCGGUACCUUUGAAUGCCCACUUUCGAUCAAAUCUUAGUGUGGGCAUAUUAAAGCUCAGCGAGCGGGGUGUACUCUAUAAUCUAAAGAGCAAGUGGUUCAAUAAUAAUGAAACCAUGUGUGACGUCAGCGGCUCGGUCAAUGAUGAUGGCCAGUUCGAUAUGGAUGCUGUGGGCGGUCUCUUUGUGGUGCUCAUUGUGGGCGUCUUCUUUUCCUUUGUCAUCGGCAUCAUGGAGUUCCUCUGGCACGUGCAUCGCAUUGCGCUCAAGGAAAGGGUAAAGCCCAUGGUGGCAUUGAAGGGCGAGUUGAACUUUAUCAUGCGCGUCUGGCUGAAGCGUAAGCCGUUGCGCACUUAUCGCGAGAGUCGCGACUCCACUUCCACGGGCUACUCAUCGCUCGGCCAAAUGUCCAGCACAACCAGUGUGAAAAAGAAGAAAAAGUCGAAGAAGAGAUCGGAGUAGAGAGCACUGAACGCUUGCAACAUUCAU